AUGGACGUGAACAUCAAGCAUGCUGGCAAGACACACAAUGUCGUCCUUAAUCCCGAAUUACCGCCUCUGCACUUCAAGGAAGCGAUUUACCAGGUCACUGGCGUCCCAGUGGACCGCAUGAAGGUCAUGGUAAAGGGUGGCGUUCUCAAGGAUGAUACAGGCUGGAAGAAAAUAAAUCCCAAGGCCGGACAGACGUUCAUGGUUAUCGGUGCCGCCGGAGAGCUUCCCAAGCCGCCGGAAAAGCCUAUUACUUUCCUUGAAGAUAUGGAAGACUCUGAGCUUGCGGAAGCAUUGGCGAUGCCUGUGGGCCUCAAAAACUUGGGAAAUACUUGUUACAUGAACUCUACAAUUCAAGCUAUCCGAGCCAUACCACCUCUUCAAUUGGCGCUCAACAAGGCAACCACUACACCACCCCUUGUAUUGACCAUUCGCGACCUUUACAACAGCAUGUCUCGCACCACGGAACCUGUCGUUCCCUACGCCUUCCUGACCGCACUUCGGCAAGUACAUCCCCAGUUUGGCGAAAUGGACAGAAGCGGCGGCGGCGGGGCACCUCGUGGAUUCGCUCAACAAGACGCGGAAGAAGCUUACAGCCAAAUCCUCAAUUCCCUGCGUGAAGUCCCCGACUCGGAUGAUCCAAGCAAGAGGUUCCUUGAUCAAUGGAUGGCCGGUGAGAUCCAGCGGGUGACGAAGCUUGAAGUGGAUCCAUCAGAAACACCUGAACCUCCUACUAUUACCUCCGAGAAGGUCAUGAAAUUGGAGUGCCACAUCUCAAUUAAUACGAAUUAUAUGGCCACUGGAAUCUCCAACUCACUGAAAACGACUCUUACGAAACACUCCCCUAGUCUCGGACAUGACGCGUCCUAUAUCCAAACCACGCGCCUUACGCGUCUACCUACUUACCUUACUGUCCACAUGGUUCGAUUCGCGUGGAGGGCCGAUGUUGGACGCAAAGCCAAGAUCAUGCGUAAAGUCAAGUUCCCAACCACUUACGAUGCACUGGAAAUUGUAUCGGACGACCUCAAAGACAAGCUCACGAAAGUGAACCGACGUUUAGUAGAGAUCGAGAAGAGUCGAGCGGAACGUCGGAAGGCUCGAAUGAGGCGCCGAGGCUUGGCCGGUGGUGCGGAAGCUCAAGCCAUGGAUGUUGAUGACGGAGAACCGGAACCAGUUAAGAGAGCCAAAGAACGGGAAGAGAUUGAUAAUCUUGUAGAUCCCGCCAUCAAAGCCGAUAUCGGAGCAAGUUGGAGUGGAUUGUACGAUCUCGUGGCCAUCGUAACGCACAAAGGUGCAGCUGCAGAUUCAGGUCAUUAUAUUGGAUUCGCUAAGAAAAGCGUGUUUCACGACCCAUCAUACUCUGGAGCUCCGGUCGCUGACAUGGACAUCAACGCUCUUGAUACCAUUGAAGCUGAUGAAGACUGGUACAAGUUUGACGACGACAAAGUAUCCGUGUUCCCCAAGGACAAAUUGGGUACCCUGGACGGCGGUGGAGAAGAUUCUUCAGCGUACGUUCUGGUGUAUCGAAGUCGAUUCGUGUAGAGAUAGAAACCUGCAAAAUUAACAUGUGUACAAGUUAUCGUCAUGCCUGUAAUUGGUGUAAUUGCAAACCGUCUCAACGGAAACUCGUGACCCUCGGAAAACACAGCGUC